CUCAUAAAAUGUGCUACUCAAUCACUAAUCUCGUAGUUGAUUUAAAUCCAAACCAUUCACGAACAGCUCGGUUUCAACUUUCCGGGCAAUCCAGAAACCCCAGCCCUUAGGCCCUAGUCAACACUCAACACUCCCCCGAAAGAAUAACAGAUCAUAGUUAGAACUAAACAGGGAGUUUGGAAAGGAUGCUCAAAAUUCGCAGCAACUUCAAUGGCGUCCAAUUUCUCAACUUCAUCCAUGGAUUCCCUCAUCUUCUACUCUACUCAACUUCAACAUCAUCUUCAUCUUCAUUCACAACAGAAGUCAACUCUGGUUUCACCAAUUACUUGGUUGAUUUUCUAGGGUUUUCCAAGCAACAAGCUCUUUCCACUUCCACUAAGCUCGCUCAAAGGCGCUUACGUCAAGGUAGGAAAAAGGGCAGUGAAUUCUAUUUCGUUGAAAAUGCCAAUUCUGUUAUUACAUUCUUCAAACAAAUUGGAUUGGAACAAUCUCAUAUUCGAAAUGUCGUAGUUUCUGAACCCCAAAUUUUGUUGUGUAAUGUUGAUAGAACCCUAAUUCCUAAGAUCCAAGCUUUUCAUAAUAUAGGGUUUUCUGGGUCUGAUUUUGGUGAGCUUAUAAGGGUGAAUCCUUUUACAUUUUUUCUGGGUUCACAUUCCCGUAUUGUUCCGGCAAUUCAAGCUUUGAGAGAAAUCAUUGGAUGUGAACACCUAGUGAUUAGAUUUCUGAAGAAAUCGCGUCGAUUGAGGCUUUCGUAUGUACCCAAAUUGUUGCAGCCUAAUGUAGCUUUGUUGCGGAGUUAUGGAAUUUCCAUUGAAUCAAUCCGGAAAUACCUACUUAGGGAUGUAUCCCCGUUUCUUCAGAAUGUCGAAUUUUUCGAGAAUGCAGUGAUUAAGGUUGAAGAGGAAUUGGGGAUUUCUCGAGAGUCUCCACAGUUCUAUGCCGGUCUCUAUUUAUUGACCCGUAAUAGUGAGAAGACUAUUGAGUCGAAACGAAAAGUGUUUAGAAGUUUUGGAUGGACUGAGUCUGAUAUUGCAACUCUUUCAUCAUCAAUUCCUUUUCUUUUGGCACUCUCUGAAGCUACCAUCAAGAAAAAGUUGGAUUUUCUUAUGAACGAGCUGGGUUACGAGCCUAGUUACUUGUUAAAGAGGUGUAACCUGUUGACUUGUAGCCUGGGGAAGAGGAUUUUGCCUAGACAUAAUACUCUCAUUGUAUUGAAGGAGAAAGGUUUUAUUAAGAUGGAUUACCUUCUUGAAUCUUCCCUUUCAAUGACCGAGUCUCGGUUCUUGAAGAAGUUUGUACUACCAUUUAAGGAAGUCCAUGGAGUUUAUUCCCAACACGCAGGUAUAAGUUUGGAGUUGCUGACCCUAGGAUCAUCGAAAACAGAUUCCAAUGCUGCUUGAUGCUUGGUAAGCCUGCAAUUUAGCAUGUAACAUUUAAUUUAUUGAUUUCAGUAAUUUCACCAAAAACACUCUAAUACAUCCUCCUAGCUGCUGAAAGAUCGAUGGAAUAACUUUGUUUUUUUCUUACUCAUCUAGGUGAUUCUUGGUAAUGUAUCGUGUUAAAAUUGCUAUGAUAGGAUUUAGAGCUUCAUCCUUAUGCUAUGGUUUCCUGAAUGUACCUGUACUUAACUUUUGGACCUCAGCUUUUUUUUUUGGUUAUAUUAACAUUGCUCUCUAAUGGCUGAAUUUCUGAAAGCUUGCUUUGUGAUUCAUAAUAUAUAUAUCAACUCAUGACACACAUUUCCCUCCAAAUUGUACAGGUUAUCAGAAUUAGAUUAGACAUAAACUCCCACACUCUAACUAGUCUUAUAUUCUCCAUUCAUUUUGUUUUUCAUUUUAUAUUUUUCUCUCUCAAACUAUUUUGUCAAUAGCUUUUCCUAUGGGAGACUUCUGUUACUUUAGUUAUCAGUAAUCCUUUUUCUUGUUGUUGUGUCAUUGUAUUGUGUAUGAAUCCAACAGACACAAAAGAUGAGGUUGUGUUGCAUGUGCUAAAACCCAAAAUUUCUUUAGCAUCUGAGAUUAACAACUCCUUUGAAGUCUGUGACUCUGUUAUUAGAGUUAACUCCUAAGGAGUCUAGUCUCCACCUAUAAAAAUUAAUAUGAAGUAAAUAUUAUGCACUCUUUUAAAAUGGUUGUCAUACAUAUUUUUUGAAUUUUGAAAUACGCAUCCAGUGCAUAUAGAUCUAGUUCUUUAUAUGUAAAGGUGGAUUCAUUAUUGAGAUUGUGUAAAUACUUGCAUACCUGCAAAUUUCAGAAAGAAAUAAAUAUGGGGGUCUAAGUAUAAGUGUACAACCUCGCCCUUGAGUCUUAAUCUUUUGUCCCACCAUUUUGUAUCACUAUAUUUUUUCAUGAACAAAAUUAUGGCCGUAUUUUCAUUUUACCAUAUGUAGAUAAUCAACCCAUGAAACAUUGUGAAUUAAUUUGACCAUUAAUGCACACCACAUAAAAGUUUUGUGAGCCUGGCAACCUAUCACUCUAUCUUUAGCAUUUAACUUAAACAAAAAGUUUAUUUUACAUUUGUCAGAAAGUUUUGUGUAGCAGCCAACGAACCAGCAAAGAGCUACUGGGUGCUCAAACUCAUGUAUGGAAUCAUAUUUUGUCUUAUCUAAGCCCCAUGGCAUUAAAAUGUGCAGCUAUGCUUCUUAGAUGCCAUUCGGAAGCAUUGCAAGCCUAUGACUCUUAGGGAGCUAGCUGUUUCAAUGUCUCUCCAUCCAUACAAGGCUCUUUCUCUAGGUCGAUUAACGUGCCUUCUUGUUUAUUCCAACUUUUUCUUAUGCAAAUAUUAUCGAGUAGUAAAGAAGCCUUUGAUCUUACCGUAAAUUCCCCAGUCUCAACUUUUAUUGAAGGAACACCCUCUCACGCUAGCUCCUUUCAUACUUAUUGUUCUUGUUCCAAUAUAUGUUGAAUCGAACAUAAUUUCUCUAAUUGGUUUCAAAAUCAAGAUGAUACUCCUAUUCUUGUUGCUAAUAGAAAGACUAUAGGAAUAUACCUCUUGUGUUCUCGAGUUUAACAAGAUUUUCUACGCUGCUAUGGCAAGUGAUACUCAAUAUGUUAUGAGUUUGUUGAUGUCUAACAACGAGUUCAAGGGCCUAUUGGAAGGUUUGAGUCAUUAGUUGAUGUUGGUGGCUGUAGUGGAACCAUGGCUAUGGCCAUCACUCAGCUCUUCUCUGAGUUAAGGUGUGUUGUGCUUGGUCUCCCAUAUGUGGUUCAGGGAUUACUAGGGUUUGCAAGAACUUAAUAUAUAUUGGAGGUGAUAUGCUUGAGGCUGUUCCUCCUGCUCAAGCCGUCUUACUCAAGGUAAAAUCUCUAGUUUGUUGAUUUCUAACAAUGAGUUCAAAGGCUUAUUGGAGGGGUUGCGUCAUUAGUUGAUGUUGAUGGCGGCAGUGGAACCAUGGUCCAAGGCUAUGGCCAUUGCUCAGCUCUUCCCUGAGUUAAGGUAUGUUGUGCUUAGUCUCCCACAUGUGGUUCAGGAAUUAAUAGGGUUUGGCAAGAACUUAAUAUAUGUUGGAGAAGAUCUGUUUGAGGCUGUUCCUCCUGCUCAAAAUGUAUUACUCAAGGUAAAAUCACUAAUUGUCAUUUAGUUUUCCUUUCCUUGUUAGAUAACUCCGAAGUUCUUCUGUAUAUAAAUAAUAGGUUAUAUAAGUUGGUUUUGUACUCAACUUCAUCCUAUAUGAUCUUAUGUUUUGUAUGUUAUAGUAUAAUUUUCUAACCUUAACUGAUGUGUUAUACUCUUGUUUUAGAAUAUUUAUAUUAGUUUCAUCGACACACCUAUUACUGCAUAAGUUUAACCAUAAUUAUAUGUUAUUGUAACUUUUGUAAGAUUACGGUGAGACCAAUUAACAACAUAUAGUGUAUUGCACAAUAAUAUUUGAUUUUUAUAUAGUAAUUGUAAGAGUAAGACAACGUUAUACUUUGAGAAAAAUAAACAUUAUUGGAGUUAUAGUAUGAAUAGAAAAGUCCAAUUGCUGCAAGUUUUCUGUAAUUAUGCGUUGUAGUUUCUGUUCAACCUAUUUCUACAUAGUACUCCGUGUUAAGAUCACCACAAUUUAAAAAAGGAAAACAAAUAUAAGCUUUAGAAUUUCCUAGCAAUACGUGAAUGAUUUCCUACGAAAUGUGAAGGAGAAUAGUUUUCUAAAUUUAAAAAGUCAUAUUUAGAAAUAUAGGAUCUAUAUAAACUUAAGUUAUGAUUUGUUAUAUUCAUCCUAAAUCCCAAAAACAAAAGAAAACAUAAAGUAGAGAGAGAAGCUUUAAGAGAAUUUUUUAGAGAAAAUUCUCAGGUGUGAUUGAGGUGCAUAUGGUUGUGAGUUAUAAUAAGUGUUGUAAAUACUUGUGUAUCAUUUAUCUUUUUCAAUAAAUUUUGCAGCAUAAUUAGAGAUACAAAUAUUUGUUCAUUUAUUUGUAUUAUUCAUAUAUAUUAUUAUUCCCACUAAUCUGAUUCUAAAGGGAAUUUGCAUAGUAUUUCCUAACAACUGGUAU